AUGGCACGCUAUCCAACUUACGAGGAAUACGCCAAGCGAGGCGCCUUCGCUGAAGGUGUCAAACGCUGCGAUGAUCUGUUGAAAAAGAACCCGACGAACACCAAUCUUCUCAUCACAAAAUUGCAGCUUCUUUGCAAUUCACAUGGAGACUGGUCCUCAACCUUGGACCAAUUAUCUUCAAUACAACCUCCCAUACGAGAUCUUCGGGAGCUGGUUCCAAUCGAGGCGUGUGUUGUGGAAGCGAACAAGAAUGUAUUUCCUCUUCCACUCUCCGCCGGUCCAGUGGUGGCGAAACUCUGGGACACAGCUUAUAAAUUGACGGCCAACCGAGAAGACAAGCUCGACAUCCUCUCCAUCCGCUUCUCGCGUGCUGUAAWAGACAACCGAAUAGCAGACGCUCAGCAAGCUUUGAUAGCGUGGAAGGUGUUUCAGCCCAAAGACCGAAGUGCCUACAUGGCGCAUGCCGCAUACACACAGCUUUUGUCCGCAGCGAAAGAUGACAUGCAAUCUCGACUAGCACUAGGACUAGCGAGGAAGGCUGUCACUGAACGCUUUGAUGACGACAAAGGCCUGGACUGUCGCGUUCCCGGCCAAAUCUUUGCCAUUCAGAAGGCGGAGAAGGAUUUGGAGGGGAUACGAGAGAGGACGUUCAAGGACAGCAAGCACGUCUACGACGCUCUGAACCUCAGCGAGCCUGUUGGUGUGGAAUCUGCAGGCGGUGAGGCCAAGGGAGCUGUCGAUCCAACGAAGCUGCCGCCCCGAGAAUGGCUAAAUGCUGAGGUUGCAAAGUUGAAAGACGAAUUCGCACAGCUGGCUGAAUCCACGACGACCGAGAAGUUGGUGGAUUUCGUUUCGAAAGUGAUACGACUGCUUCACAAAGCAUUGACAGAGCUCAACCUAGCUCGAAACCGUGGCGCGGCUGAUGUAUGCUUCUUGGCUGUAUCUGGGCUGGUCAAGAUUUAUACGCUUUCACAAGACGAUAGCUAUCUCUUGAAAGCUGCUUUCCUCGCUGAAAAGCUCCUGCGCCACAAUGAACACGUUCAUGAAGCUCGGCUUGUACUGGUGUACAUAUAUAUGCGUCUCCAGCUCGGCAGUCUGGCAAUGCAAUUCUUCGACUCGCUCAGUGUGAAGGAGAUUCAGCAUGAUACUGUCGGCCACACAUUGUUCACUCGACUUUCGGUCGUACAUCCAUGUCGCACUUCACUGCCCAGCCGGGAUUGGUUUGAUCCCCAUGAGCGCACAUACAAGGCGUUGGCAAUCUAUGGGCGGCAUGAGAACAAACUGGCUGAAAUGGAAGCGUCUGUCCUUGAGCACGGGCAAAGCGGAAUGAUCUUUGAUCUCAAUGAACUACGCGGCAACCUCCGCUUCUCUCUAGCCAGAAGACUCAUCUUGUUGGAGCACCGACGAAUCGCACGGCUCACUGGCAAGGGUUUUGGAAAGAACACCAGCGAGAUUGGACCUCGGCAGCUCGCGAACUGGGUGGAUUUGAAAGACAGUCGGGACUUCAAUGCUGCAUUCGACUAUGGCUUCAACAUCGAAAAGGCGCUCCACGGAGAUGAUGGUAACGUUGUAGGAGAGCGUUGGUUGCUGUACACUUUGGCCGCAGACACAGCAAACUGCUUGGCAAACAAACAGGUCCCUCUUAUAUUGAACCCCGAGAAUCUGGUCGAAAGCCUUGCAGCCGCAGACUCCAAUGAGAGUGGUAACGGGCUCACCAAAGCGGAACGUCUCACUGGCGAGAUUUCCAGACAUACCCUUGCACUGCUGCUUGCUGCCAGGUCUGCUUCAGUGAAGCAAGAGCAUAUCGACACACUGGAUACUGCAGUCGGAGCUCUUCCCAUCGCAUCACUUGUCUCUACGACAGACACGCUGGUCGAGCACCUGACCGAUCAUUAUAUUUACACUGAUGCUCUGCGCAUUGUGAUGGCUACGUGUCGCCAUCUGGCGGAGUUGAAGAUAUCACUGGGUACGAAAGCGCUGCAGGACCUCUCGAAGCGUCUGAUCGGACAGUUGCAGAAUCACGCCCAGUCGCAGAUUGCCGCACUUCGCACGAGUCACGAUCAGGCUCAACUCAUUAGUGGGGAGGAUAGCUUGAAGGAAGCCUUGCAACUUUUCGGAAAUGAGAGUCUUCAGGAGUUUGCCGAGCUUGUUGUUGCGAGCGCGAAAGAGGGCUGGGAGGGUGUGGGACGAAUCACGAUGGCAUGA